GAGAGAGAAUCUCAGUAUGACACAGUAGUUUUCAUCCGUAGCCUGGUCCGCAUUAACCCGGGUUACAGUAGCAGAUGAUGCGGACGGUCGGGCUGCUGUCGGCCGCGGUGCUGGCUCUGCUGCUGGCCACCGCAGUGCGUUGCUCUCGGGCGGAGAUGAUCGACGAGAUCCUGAACAGCCUCUCCAAAGGAGCAGCCUUUCUGGAGCGGCAGCGAGAGCACAUCAACCUGGACGGUGUGGUGGGCUUCCUCGUGCUGCAGGCUGAACUGAAGGAAGCAGUUCGGACCUGGCCUCACACCGACAUGGUCAGCUGGUCUCAGAGAACCACCGCUGUGGCGCUGGUUCAGCAUCUGGACCAAAGCUUUGAGAAAGCUGUGUUGGCACUACAGCAGAAUGACCCCCAGUACUACAGAGAGUUCGAGCCCCUGCUGUCCUGGACGUUCUGGACGGUUCCUCAGGAGUGGAGCGCCACAGAUCCCAGCCUGGUCUACUCCACCACCUUGUCCACUGAGUGCUAUGACGAGCAGCUCAGUGACAAAUGUCUGACCCUGCUGCUGGGAACCUGGAAGAUCAAUGGGACGCCCUGCAUCGUCACCAAGCCCUGCCGGGACACCAUGACCCGCUUCGGUUGUCCACAUUACUCCCUGUCCCACCAGCUGCUCUACUUCAUAAUCGGAAAAAUGAGAGGCUGUACCAACCUGCUGAAAGGUGACACUCGAGCUUCGAGGAUCAACAUGACGGAGAAGAACUAUGAGAAGAUCUUCUGCUCCAACAUGAUGAAGACCAACGAGGACAUUGUCCAAAAUGGCCUGAACCAGCAGAACGUGGACAUCUUUGUGGAAAACAUCCUCAUCUGUGGAUUGGCUGGGUUUUCUGACUUCUUCAAAACGGAUUGGCUGCAGCACAUCCUGCGGCUGCAAGACGACGAGCUCGGCUGCUUCGGCAGAGACCAGAACAUCAUGUCUCAGAUGAUUGGAGACGAGCUGCUGGAACAGCUGCAGCCGCAGCUACAGCGCCGAGUGAAGAGGAGGGAGAAGGUCCUUCCAGACGGCUGCUCCAGUCACAUGACUGCGGUGGCGGUGGGCGCUCUGGGAGGAUACCUCAACUACUUCCUUACAGAGCAGGACAUCACCAAGAGGCCUCUCUCCUGAGGAAACACUGGAGACGAACUGGAAUAAAACUAUGAUGUUUAAAAUCA